CGUAUGACGGAUGGAAGCUACAUGAAAAAGAAGCACGAGUCUCUGUAUAUACGCCACAAUAACUUCCUCAGCCGCAUAUAACAUCUAUCCUCCUCAUUUACCAAUUGCAUUGCUUCAAGACAAUCUGUCUCAACCUUCAUUCUGACCAACCUCCUCUCCGCCCAAGCUCCAACCCCAUUUUACUAGCCAAGAGCUGCGCCACCACCGAUGAAGGUUUUUGCUGAAAGCGCUACCCUAAUGCUCCUUUCAUUACUCCAAAAUCAUCCAGAAUAAUGGCCCCAGCUUCCUAACACCCAAUACGAACACACGCAGCCCCAUCACUUUUGAGCUUUAACUUCCCUGAAUUAGGGGGAAACCAUCUUUUCACAGUAGCUCUUCCACAAUGCCUAUUCCCAGCAACCCCACUUCCAGCUGUCCUCACCAAAGCCUCAUUGACUCCUUUUAAAUAGUUCACCCAAUUCUCAAAGAUAACACAAGGUUGCAAUUACAGUUCCCUUAUGAUAACAAUUAUUUCGUUCAUGCCAAUCCAUCCAUAAUGGAAUAGCUAAGAGCUCAAGCUCUUCCUCACAUAAAGAUUUCAUAGCAUGCUCAAGAAAUUGAAUAGAAGUUGGAAACUAACCAGAUGAAUUUAGAGAAAAAGCCUGCGCUUUCCAACACAGCAACACACCGACCACAACUCCAAGUUGUGUGUAUAGGCGACUCCCUCCCUUGUUGACAGCAGAAGCAGAAUGUUCACAGAAAACGAAGUAUUUGUGGAGGCACUUUGAGCUUCCAUAGAUGCUUCCAAUAAUUCCAAGAAGCUUGAACAAGAUUAAUUAGCAGCUGCAUCCCUAGCUUAUUGUCGAGCCAACCAACACCCACUCUCAACCGCAUAUCUACCAUAGGUAUGUCCGUAUGUCAAAUACACACAUCAGGCCUUGGUGACAACAAACACAGUAGAAAUUUUAAGGAUCGCUUCUCGCUCCUCCUCAGUGAACAUUUGCUCCAUGGCCAACAAAGAAACGUCCUAGCCACCUGCAUCAGUGAUCAAAUGAGAUACUCUUAAGUCCCACGGAAUACCAACUCUCCGAUUGGUUAGUACGUACACUUUUGGGUUCAGAGAAAAACUAAAAGAGAAGACCAGGAGAUCAAGAGAACAGAGCGCGUGCGAAAUGCCCGUGGAAGGCGUUGCCGUUGACGUCAAGCCAGUCACUGGCAUCAACAAUGGAAAGAUAACGCUGUCAGUGGUGAUCACCUGCAUUGUGGCUGCGUCUUGCGGCCUCAUAUAUGGCUACGACAUCGGAAUUUCAGGAGGUGUGACCACAAUGGUUCCAUUCCUUAGCAAAUUCUUUCCGUCAGUACUGAAGAAGGCAUCAGAGACCAAACCAAACAUAUACUGCGUGUUUGAUAGUCAGCUUUUGACAUCAUUCACAUCCUCUCUCUACAUAGCCGGUUUGGCCACAUCGCUUGUGGCAAGCCGUCUCACCAAGAUUCUAGGCCGGAGGAACAUCAUGCUCUUAGGUGGUUCUACCUUCCUUGUUGGGUCUGCUUUAAAUGGUGGAGCUGUUAAUGUUGCAAUGCUCAUCUUGGGUCGUAUCAUGCUAGGGUUUGGAGUUGGUUUCACGAACCAAUCUGCUCCCAUCUACCUCUCCGAAGUCGCACCACCAAAAUGGCGCGGAGCCUUCAGCACUGGCUUCCAGUUCUUUAUCGGAAUCGGCGUCCUGGCCGCCAGCUGCAUAAACUUUGCCGCCGCCAAGCACGAACACGGCUGGCGUUUCUCCCUCGGCCUCGCCGUAGUCCCCGCUGCCAUAAUGACCCUUGGCGCCGUCUUCAUUUCGGACUCCCCCUCAAGCCUAGUCGAACGCAACAAGCUCGAGCAAGCCAAGAAAGCCCUAAUCAACAUACGAGGCAAAGACACAGACAUUGAACAAGAGCUGGCGCUUCUGAUUAAAAAUAGUGAAAUUGCCAAAGCUGUCAAUGAAGAGCCUUUUGUGACUAUAUUUCAGAGGCAGUACAGGCCUCAACUUGUGAUCGGAAUGAUUGCCAUUCCGUUUUUUCAUCAGAUGUCUGGGAUCAACGCCGUUGCGUUUUACGCGCCGGUGCUGUUUCAGUCUGUAGGGUUGGGAAACGAUUCUGCUCUGAUUGCCGCGAUCAUACUCGGAAUGGUUAAUAUCCUUUCAAUUCUUGUGUCUACUUAUGCGGUUGAUCGGUGUGGGAGGAGAUUUUUGUUGAUGGAAGCUGGUAUCCAAAUGAUCAUUACUGAGGUUGCGGUGGCUAUUGUUCUAGCACUAACAACAGGUACUGACGGCACCAAGCGUAUCUCAAAGGGCUAUGCCAUACUAGUCCUGGUGUUGAUGUGUUUCUAUGCUGCUGCUUUUGCUUGGUCAUGGGGUCCUUUGAACUGGCUCAUACCAAUUGAGAUAUUCCCCAUGAAGAUUCGACCCACAGGCCAGAGCAUCGGGAUUGCUGUGAACUUUGCAGCUACAUUUUUGGUGUCCCAAACCUUCUUGUCAAUGUUGUGCCAUUUCAAAUAUGGCACAUUCCUGUUCUAUGGAGGUUGGAUAUUCAUCAUGACCAUUUUUGUUGUACUAUUCUUGCCGGAGACUAAAGGGAUACCACUGGAGUCGAUGCAUACGGUGUGGGAGAAGCACUGGUAUUGGCGUCGGUUUGUUCUGGGUUAACCCGUGGGCGCUAUCAAUCAUGAAUAUUAGUACUGCGUUCUAGAUCCGAACAGAUGUGAUAAUGUACUUUUCUUAAGUUUCACUUCAUUUGUCA